UUUCCUGCGUGGGUGUGUCUGAAGCUCCACAGUUACAGAAUAACAGAGCGUUUUACUCAUCUCGUCUAAUUCCUUGCACCAGCACUUUAGGCCGGGCACAGUUUACUCRUCUCAUGCCUUUCAGAACCAUUGUGCACUUUGACCCAGAGGAUAUCCUGUGCUUUCUCAGCAGCUGAAGCUUCACCGGACUGAAACAAACGGGGAACAAAACAAAGCUCUUCUCAAAAACUCCUCUAAGCUUUGUGCUUUUACUGAGCUCAAAGGAGACUGAACUUAGAUUUUUUUUUAUAAAAGCAGCAACAAGUCAGACUUGAAACAGCUUGACCAUGAUGGAAGAGGUGAAAGACGAGUCCUCAUUUCUGRGUGUCCACAGGGACUCCAUCAAAGUUACAGAGGUGCUGCAGGACGGGGACACUCUUACCUUUAUAAUUGUUUCUCAAAAGCUGUCUGGGACCGGAGAGUACCAUGUGGACCGGACCUAUGAUGACUUCGACUGGCUGCAGCAGCACCUGUACAACCAGGAGGACACACCUGGGUUACAAGGAGUCAUAUUUCCUCCUCUUCCGGCGAGGCCUCAGGUGAAUGCAUCUGCCAAGGCUAUGAAACAGCUGGGUUUUCUGGGUUUGGGAGAGUGGCAGCCUUACUGCAGGGCACUGGAGACGUUCCUGAGGCAGGUCUCUGCUCACAGCGUACUCAGCAAAAACCAAGCUGUGGAGGUCUUCCUGACCAGUUCAGGUCCUCCAGGCAGGCAGAAAAUAAAGAGAAACAUUUUCAAUCGACUGAGUCAAGCUGUGGAAGAGCUGAGGAAAGAAGGCCAUAAGGAUGUGGACGAGUUCUUUCAAACUGAACGAGACCAGAACCUCCUGCUGACCGGUUCCAGCAGGACUGCAGCUGAGAGAUUUCUAGAAGUGGUGCUAACUGAGCAAAAAAUCUCAACAGCUUGUGGGCACUUUGCAGCUGCUCUACAUCUCUGUGUGGAACCAGGAGAAGAUCUUGAAAAACAGGCUUUUACCAGGGUUUGUGUGCAGUUAUCAGAAGUAUUUGAUAACAUGAAGAAGAGCAUGAGGAGUUUCUUUGUGAACGACAUGAACACACUCGGCCUCGGCCUGGACCUGCACUCACGUUACCAGGAGGCCAUGAAGGAAAUGCUCUUCAGGAGGACCUGUAAAAUGGUGGAGUUAGAGAAUGYCAGAAAGAAUGCGGAGAAGGCCAAACCUGUGAAGAAAGCUGCUAUGGAAGAGGUAAAGAAAGCAGCAGAGACAGAGUUUCAGCAGAUUAGUGAAGUUGCGAAACAAGAGAUAGUCCACUUUGAACAGAUACGUGUGGACAUGCUGCAGAGGAGUCUGGUUCAGUGGUGUGAAAAGCAGCUUGUUACGGCCAAAGAAAGUGUUGACAUUUUCAGCCACCACCUGCAGGCCUUUAAGGCCAUGGUUUAAGUGACCUCAGGAGAACUUGGUUCACACAAAGAAUCCUCAGUUUCUCCAAACGGGGGUUGAGGCCAACGAUGCUGCUGUGGUUUGAUUUAGUCUAAAUCACAACUAAAGGCCCGCGGGCCAAAUCGGACCCUCGUUCACAUUUCAUCCGGCCUCAAAGGCGAUACUAAAAAAGAUCGUUUUAUGGUUUCUUUUUUUUGUCACUGGACAUUCUUCUCAUGAUAGCUGGCCAACUUUCAAGCCAAGGCAAUUAUGUUUAAUUUUAUUUGAUUUUGGGUUUGAAAGAUCAACACAGAAUUUAAUUUAAUUAAAAUUUUCUGUGUUGUAUUUUUAUUUCAAAGUCACUUAAUUGGGUUUUUAGUGAAGGUUUUCUUUUUUUUUUUAAACUAAUUUACUGACUUGUGAUAAAAUGUUUUAUCUCUAAAACAUAACAAAUGAAAAAGUUGUUGGUAAAAGUAAGGCAUAAGAGAUGAAUGACAAAAAAACUUUUUUUUCCUUUAUUCGUUAGGUUAGGAAUGGUCUAAAUGCUACA